AUGCUGCCAGCACCCGUCAGCCUCGUCAAGCGCGGUGGCUUUCGACGCAGCAGUAAUGCUUCGCGACGAAGGCUGACGGACGAUCUCCUGCUCAGAGCGAGAAUAACAAACCUCGGGCUGCUGUUACUGUCCGCUGUCACCGCCGUAUCCUUGCUUUACAACCUCUCCUAUGUGUUCGCAACCCGGCAUGCAAGUAUUACGGAACUGAAUAUACACGGCAGCCUGGGACCUUGGAGUAUUGCUGAUACUAUACAGCGGGAUGCUGGUAUACAGAAGCUGUCCCACCUGAUCAUUGUGCCUGGGCAUGCUAUAUGGAAAGGGUCGGAUCCCACUCGAGUCUUAGAUGAAGAGGACUGGAUUCUGGAGCCUUAUCAAAGGGGCGGAGGAAGGGUCGGUGCUUUCCUUCAGCAUAUCAAGGGAGGAGUCGAAAGGGCGCUGGGGGAUGAGAGGGCGUUGCUAGUGUUCAGCGGCGGUCAAACCAGAACAGCAUCCGUUUUUACGGAAGCCGACUCGUACCUCCGUCUUGCUAUGGAGCAGGGCCUCCUUCCGCUGGGCUUUCUCCGCGCGACCACGGAGAACUAUGCUUUAGACUCGUAUCAGAACUUGUUGUACUCGAUCGCGCGUUUCCACGAAUACGUCGGGUACUACCCGGAGUUCAUCUCCAUUGUUGGCUACGAGAUGAAGCGGGAACGGUUCGAGAAUGUACACAGAACCGCAUUGCGAUGGCCAGCCGACAGGUUCCGCUACAUAGGCGUGGAUAUAGCCGCUGAUCACAGCGAUGCGGCUAUGCAAGGCGAGCUGAACAACGCAUUAAUUCCGUACAAGAAGGAUCUCUACGGGUGUCAUCCGCCUCUGUCGACUAAACGACGCAACCGGAACCCUUUCGCGAGGUUUCACUCGUACUACACAUCUGCCCCAGAAUUGGCAGGUCUCAUGAACUACUGUCCGGAGAGCGGAACUUCGAAAAUAUUCGAUGGCCCUUUGCCGUGGGACAAUCUGUGAGACCCUCGCGGAGCGCGAUCGCUGGUUAGUUCCGAGCUGUAUACCCGUCAGUCCUG